AGUACCCAACUAAAGGUACGGAACUUUUUAAAAUUGUUUGUGAGUAGGUUUGGAAAACUCUCGAGACUGCAGAGCGCUCUCUUUUGGAAAUGAUCAGCAUUAAAGAUUAUGACUGCUCUUCUCUGUUUGCCGAUGAAAGUAAUGAAAGAAGUAGUCUCAAACAGCCAGAAACACUUGCUCUCAAGCUACGAGCUGACAGACAGGAAACCGAAGACUUUUAUUUAAAUAAAUUUCAAAAGUACACCCUAGACAGCAGUUUGAUAGCACGUCUACAGGCCAAAGCUGAACUUAUGCGUUGUGAAUUAGCAGAUGAAGCUGUUUUAUCAACUAGUGGGGUGUCACUACCUCUUGCUGUAUCACGACCACAUGUGUUACCACGUCGAACAAGAAAAAAGCGAAUUGGCCAGACACCAGUUGUUGGUCAGCCAAUGUUGUUUGGUGGAAGCUUGGAGGAGUACUUAGAAGUAAAUAUUAACUAAUUAUUUGUCUAUGUGUAGUGUAAAAAUAUCAAU